AUGCCAAGAGGUUCAAAAAAACAAAAUCCUCCAAACAUGUUUCCUACAAUUCCAAUGAUGGAAUUGGAUGAUGAUGACCCACCAGAUUAUUUACCCGAAUUUUCAAGAAUACCUACAGACGAUAGUAGUGCAUAUAAAUCUUGGAUAUGUUUAUAUCCUGUUUAUUUCGAUUCAACAAAAACUGUGCAACAAGGAAGAAAAGUUAUCAAAGAUAUUGCUUCUCCACAUCCUUUAGCAAAAGAUGUCGCUGAAGCUGUUAAAAAUAUAGGAUUAAAUAGUUUAUAUGAGCCACAUAAAACACACCCUCGUGAUUGGGAAAAUCCUGGUAAGGAAUUGAUUAAAAAGGUAUCGCUAGAAUUAUCAAAAAUUCAAAAAAUUAAUCCACAACAAUUUCCACCAAGUCAUUCUCCUGCAACCUUUAGUGGUGUAUUAAAAGAAGGAAAAGGUGGUGGUGAUAUUGGUGGAGCUAGUACUAGUUCAAGUUCUUUGGCUACUGCUGCUGCCGGUAGUGGUCAAUCUAAUUCAGCUAGUGGUUCAACAUCGUCACCUUCCAAAAAGAAGGGAAAGAAAAGAAAAUAA